CUAGAGUUCCAUUAUCCACUGGCUAAUGAGGAAACUUUCCACCAUUUAUCAACGUCCACAUUCCUCAGCUCAAAAAUCCUAAAAAUCUAAGUCUUUCAGUCUCAACACAUCACCCAUGGCUUCUUCUUCCUCCAACCCCUCCUACUCCUCCUCCAUCCCUUCCUCCGUCCCAUCACUGCCGAAGCAUCAAGUCUUCAUCAAUUUUCGAGGGGAAGAACUGCGAACAAAAUUCGUCAGCCAUCUCUAUAAAGCGUUGCAAAGAAAUGAUAUCAAUGCCUUUAUAGACGAAGACCUAAACAGAGGUGAUCAACUGGAAACUCUUCUCACGAAAAUCGAGGAGUCGAGGAUCGCGCUCGCCAUCUUCUCGAGCUUGUAUGCGAAUUCAGACUGGUGCUUGAAAGAGCUGAAGAAGAUCCAUGAGUGCUUACUCUCAGGCAAACUUGUUGUCAUCCCCAUCUUCUACAAGGUGGAGCCUAGCGAUGUCAAAAAUCAAAAGGGAGCUUUCGGUGAAGUGUUUAUGGAAUUAGUGGGUAGGGAUGGCAAUGUUGAAAAUUUAUUUAAGUGGAAAAAAGCUUUGGAGGAUGUUGCACAAUUAGCAGGCAUUAAGUUAGACGAAAAGAGCGUUGAAGCUGACUUUGUUGAGAAAAUUGUACAAGAGGUCAUUAAAGUGCUUAAAGAAAAGAAAAUCCCCGACGAGAAAACGCCUGAAGCUCCCAUUGCAGGAGACGAAGAAACGCGCGAAGCUCCUCUGUUUGACAUGGACACACGGCUCCAACAAUUGGAAGAGAUGUUAGAUUUCGAAAGUGAAUGCGAGAUGACACGUACGAUUGGUGUUGUUGGGAUGCCUGGUAUGGGUAAGACCACCCUGGCGAGUAAGCUGUAUGAAGAGAAGCAAGGGUAUUUCCAGCGCCAUGUUUUUCUUCAUGAUGUCCGUGGAAGCUGGAGAGGCAGCACCAUGGAUCAUCGAAAAUUUUUAAUGAAGGAGCUAUUGAAUAGUGGUGGCAGCGAGGCCAAUGAUCGCAACCUAGAAUUCGCUGACCUCUCGCCUGAAGCAGUCAAGACACUCCUACUCAGUACGAAGUCUCUUGUUGUUCUGGAUAAUGUAAGUGACAAGAAACAGAUAGAGGCCCUUCUCGGGGAACGUGACUGGGUUAAGAGUGGUAGCAGAAUCAUUAUCACGACUAGUGACAUGUCUGUGAUCGAGGGGAUAGUUGAUGACACCUACGAGGUUCUCAGACUAAGUCGCAAAGACAGCUUCCAGUACUUCAACUAUUUUGCCUUUGGUAGUAAGGACCAUACUCCCGAGGGUAACUUCUUGGAGCUUUCUAGAUUGUUUGUGGAUUAUGCCAAAGGCAACCCAUUCGCUCUCAAGAUAUUGGGUGUUGACCUUAAAGGAAAAGACGAGAAUCACUGGGAAGAUACAGUUUCCAAGCUGGAACAAAGUCCUACUAAGGCCAUACAAGAUUUCUUGCAGAUAAGCUAUGAUGAGCUAAGUCCGCAUCAAAAAGAUGUGUUUCUUGAUGCUGCGUGUUUCUUUAGAUCAGGGGAUGAGUCUUACGUGAGGUGUUUGGUGGAAUCUUGUGACACUGAUGCUGUGAGUGGGAUAGACGAUCUUGCCAGUAAAUUUUUUAUAAACAUUUCUGGCGGACGAGUGGAGAUGCAUGAUCUACUGUAUACGUUUGGCAAGGAACUUGGUUCACAAAUGUCGCGUAGGCUCUGGAACCAUAACGACGUUGUUAAUACGAAAGUAGCAGAGAAUGUGAGAGGUGUUUUUCUCGACAUGUCUAAACUGAAGACGAGACUUGCUUUCAAAAAAUUUACCUUAAGCCGGAUGCGUAAUCUUAGGUACCUCAAAAUUUAUAAUUCUUAUUGCCAUGGGGAAUGCGAAGCUGACUGCAAACUAAGAGUCCCUGCCGAACUUGAAUUACCGUUAGAUAAAUUACGAUAUUUCUAUUGGCUGAAAUUCCAUUUGAAGAAACUUCCAGAAGACUUCAACCCCAAGAAUCUUAUCGAUCUCAACCUGCCUUAUAGCGAGAUUAGAGAGCUCUGGGAGGGUCUUAAGGAUACACCAAAGUUAAGGUGGGUUGAUCUUAGCCACUCAAGAAAGUUAUGCAAGUUGUCAGGGCUACAAAAUGCCGAGAGACUCGAAAAGUUGAAUCUUGAAGGCUGCACGAGUUUGGAGGAGUUGCCUGGUGAGAUGAAUCGUAUGCAAAGUCUUGUUUUCCUCAACAUGAGAGGUUGCACGAGUCUCCGGGUUCUCCCAAAUAUCAAUCUGAUCACUAUGAAAACUCUUAUUCUCACCAACUGCUCAAGUCUUCAGACUUUCAAGGUGAUUUCGAAUAAUUUAGAAAAUUUACACUUAGAUGGAACUGCCAUUGGUCAACUUCCUGAAGACAUGGUGAAGCUGCAAAGACUGAUUGUAUUGAACUUGAAAAACUGCACAACUUUGGUGGCAGUUCCAGAAUGCCUGGGAAAGCUGAAAGCUCUGGAAGAACUGGUGCUAUCUGGUUGUUCAAAGCUCAAGUCUUUUCCUGUUCCUAUUGAAAACAUGAAAUGCUUGCAGAUAUUGUUGCUUGACGGGACAUCAAUUACAGACAUGUCUAAAAUAUUGCAGUUCAAUAGCUCAAAAGUGGAAGAUUUACCUGGCUUAAGACGUGGUAUGAACGGUCUGUCCUCAUUGCAACGUCUAUGCUUAAGCAAGAAUGAUAAGAUCACCAACUUGGUAAUCGACAUGAGUCUACUAUGUCAUCUGAAAUUGCUCGACCUGAAAGACUGCAAAAAUCUCGCAUCCAUUUCAUUACUUCCGCCAAAUCUAGAGAUUCUAGAUGCAUAUGGCUGCGAGAAAUUGAAAACAGUCGCGUCCCCCUUGGCACGUAUUAAGCUUAUGGAGAAGGUUCACUCUAAAUUCAUUUUCAUCAACUGCAACAAUCUGGAACAAGCUUCAAAAAAUAGCAUCACAUCAUACGCACAAAGGAAAAUCCAGCUUGAUGCGCUUAGAUUCUAUAAAGAGGGAAGUGCUUCAGAAGCUUUAUUCAUCACUUCCUUUCCAGGGAGCGAAGUACCUUCUUGGUUUAACCAUCGCGAAGUCGGACGCUCAUUAAAUCUGACUCCGCCACAUUGGUGUGACAACAAUCUUUCGACAAUAGCUCUGUGCGCUGUUGUUGCGUUCCCGAAUACUCAAGAACGUUUCUCAAUAAAGUGCACUUGUAAGUUCACAAACGAACUUGGGACAUGUACAAGUUUCAGCUGCAUUCUUGGUGGAGGUUGGACUGAACCGCGCGUGAUCGAUUCAGACCAUGUUUUUAUCGGUUAUGCAUGUUGCUCCCACGUUAAAAAUCAUGUACAAGGUUCGCGAGAACAUCAGAGAUGUGUUCCUACGAAGGCGUCAAUCGAGUUCGAAGUGAUAGAGGGAGCAGGUGAGAUUGUAAAUUGUGGUCUAAGUUUUGUGUACGAGGAACCAAAGCAUGUCGUUAUUGAAGGAGACAGUAAUAGAACUUCUUCAGUCGGAGAGAGUGUAGUGUACUCUGCUUCUCGCUUUUUGUUCGCUGUUUUGACGUGUUUGUGUGUUUUAUUCUUUUCGGUUUAUAGGUUUGCUAGUUUUUUUUUUUCACUAAAUAAAUUGUAUUUUUUUGGUCAUCACUAAAUGACUAAUUACUGUUUUGUAUAUGUAAAGUAUAAACUUUAUAUAGUGGAAUUUGUGACUUGAGCUUUUUCACACC